AUGGCUGAAAAACAACAGAGUUCAGGUUACAGCAGUGGUGGAAACAUUAUCCCUACUCCUGAAGAAGCUGCUACCUUCCAGCCCCAAGUUGUUGCUGAAGGUGGAUGGGAUAAAUGUUGGGAAGACAAGGUAACACCAUGGGAUCAAGGAAGAGCCACACCUCUCAUUGUUCAUCUUCUCGACACUUCAUCUCUCCCUCUUGGCCGUACUCUUGUCCCCGGCUGUGGCGGAGGACACGAUGUAGUUGCGAUGGCAUGCCCUGAACGCUUCGUCGUUGGAUUGGACAUUUCUGAUAAGGCUCUCAAGAAAGCUAAUGAGACUUACGGCUCCUCACCGAAUGCAAAGUACUUUUCGUUCGUGAAGGAAGAUGUUUUCACUUGGCGUCCUGAAGAAAAGUUCGACCUCAUCUUUGAUUAUGUGUUUUUCUGCGCAAUUGAACCAGAGUUGAGACCUGCAUGGGGUAAAUCCAUGCAUGAACUGCUAAAACCUGACGGCGAACUCAUAACUCUUAUGUAUCCGAUGACCGACCACGAGGGUGGAGCUCCCUACAAAGUAGCUUUAUCUUCAUAUGAAGAUGUGUUGGUUCCGGUAGGGUUUAAAGCAGUGUCCGUUGAGGAGAACCCAGACUCCAUUCCCACUCGGCAAAGAGAAGCUUGCGAGGUGGAAGAAGAUCAACUGAUGCUUAAUCAAGCGAGAGAUCUUACGCUGUUUAGUAAGAUCAGUGUGUGUGUACUAAGAAUAAAUUGAGUAUCAUACUCUAUGUAAAAUAUGUAUGUUUGACU